AUGGUCCGAUGGAGCAUACUGCCAGCUGACUGUAUUCCCAACAGCUGCAUUAUCAACAUAUAUGAUGAAGGCGACUGCAUACCCCCGCACAUUGAUCAUCAUGAUUUUAUGAGACCUUUCUGCACAGUCUCUUUCAUGAUCAAGAGCAACAUGUUGUUUGAAAAAGAAAUUAAUAUCAUUGGCCUGGGUGAGUUCAGAGGAGCCAUGGAGAUUUCGCUACCACUGGGUUUAGUGCUGGUUCUUAAAGGAAACGGAGCAAACGUCGUUAAACAUUGCAUUCCAGGGGUGCGACACCAUAAGGUGUCUGUAACCUUCAAGAGGAUCGAUGAUAACAAAAUUCCAUAUGGAUUCCAACCAAACCCAGAGUUGGAAGAGUUACCGCCUUAUGAGCUAUGA